AUGACAAAUUCAAAAACUCACCAGAAAAAAAUUCUUUUUUAUUACUACGUUAUGAAAUUAAAAACAUCAGGCGAUAUUUGCGAAAUUGUUCCCUCUUUCCUCUACCUUUCGUCAAACCAAUCAUCUAAAAAUUUUGAAUCCCUUCAACACUACAAAAUAACUCACAUUGUCAAUGUAGCUGGCAAACAGCAUGUUCCCUCACAAUUUAUCUAUUUACGUAGCCACUUUCCAGACAGCAGUGAUGCACCAUUUCUAAAACAUCUUCCAGCCAUAUUGGAGUUUAUCGAGAGCACAGAAAAAUUGGGCGGAAAAGUGCUUGUGCAAUGUUCUGGUGGAGUGAGCAGAUCGCCUGCAGUAGUUGCCGCAUGGUUGAUAAAGAAGAACGGGAUGCAAGUUGAUGAAGCGAUUGAAUUUAUAAAGGAAAGAAGACCGGGCAUUAAUAUCAAUAAGGGAUUUCUGGAACAGUUAAAUAUAUUUAGACAAACAACACUGGAUAUUUCAAAAUUCAAAGAAGUAGAUGAUAAUAAUGAGGAGGAUGCAGAAUAUCUUCCAUACAUUCUAAAAGCUAUAAAACAAUAG